UGCACAUAGGUAAUAAGCUGCUCCGCCACUGCGCAACGAUGGAGCUAUCGCAACGAUGGAGAUGACGCAAACAGAUCCAGCUCUCCGAAAAAGUGUUUCAAGACGAACAUGGCGGCAACUUAACCGCGGUCCAAGAUGACAAUGGCCAACGGGAGAAAUGAUUCAAGGCUUUCCGCCCAGGUACGGGACAGAGAAACCAGCCUGCGUGCAUCGAAAGGGCUCGUUGCUCUCCUUUAAGUGAAUCUGCAAAGCGAACGGCGGCAGACGCGCAGCAUCAGCACCGAGAGGCUCGCAACAGCUGGUCUCCCUGCGCCCCCCUGACGAGAGAACAAACCCGGGGAAAGGGACGGUAAGGAGAGGGGGGCAUGCGGUCAAAGAGGACGCCGUUUCCCCCCGGAGAGCCAUGGAGAACCGGGAUGCGGCAGCGCGAAGCUUAAUCUGUGCGGGCGCGCUAAUUGGAUCGGAAUAGCACCGAGUGUUGUGGGCGCGAUAGAGGAGCGCCCUGGACCGGCGGAGGCACGGCACCCCACCGUUACAGAGGAGAACCAACCGGAGUCCAUCUCCCCCUAAGUCAAUGAGUAUUGUGGCAGAGCAGCCCCCGCGGUGGAGUCGGCCAGGGCAGCACUUUUCUAAAAUAUGACCAGGGGUGCUUGGAUGCGUCGGCAGCAUGAUGAAGGCUUAAAAUUCUGGUUUGCACCCCGAGAGAACGAGAAGCCAUUUACCGAGUCGGAGCGGGCCCAGAGAUGGCGACUGUCGCUGGCCUCUCUGCUGUUCAUCACCGUCCUGCUCUCUGAUCACUUGUGGUUCUGCGCCGAGGCGAAACUGACGCGAACCCGAGACAAGCGGUCGGACGAGGGGCUUGCAAUUACGGACAUGGGCGAGUACCCAAACUCCCUCCACCGACACCAUACCCCAACAUCACCUGACCCCUACGGUCUCGCCAGAGAGCAAGAUGUUAUUUUUCUAGGGAAUUCUACCAAACCUCUGUGGCGAAUGGACACCUGUCACCCCGACAGCCUGUCCAAAGACUGCUUUACUUUCACGGACGCGGAGACCGUGUGCCUGGGCCUCUCCGAUGGAGGGGAAAAGGGGACACAGUUGGCGUACGUGAAUCUGAGCGAUUUAUACCUUUCUUUUUGUAAUUCCUACUCACUUUUGGAUUUGUUUUACGGGUUUACGAGUCCGGACGAUUUGAAUUGCACCCUGGAUAUGGCCAUGGGGGUGGAUCUGCCGGGAUGCACAAAGUGUGUCCGGGCUUAUCAGAGUCUUGACCAGCAGGCGGAGAAGAACUACCGGGAGUUUGAGCUGCUGGUUCAGAAAUACGAGACGGAUGCAUACUCGGUCAGGACGUGCAUGGAGGAAUGCAAGAUGGUUUAUAAGCCCUGGCUGUGUUCUCAGUACUUCCAGACCACCCAGAUGCACUGCAGCAAGCGAAUCCCCUGCGGUCAGUACUGCCUGGAGGUGCAGCAGCGGUGCCCCUUCGUCCUGCCCGACAAUGACGAUCUCAUUCAUGGAGGCAGCCCCAGUUUUAUAUGCACAGGGCUGCUGGAGGACUAUCCAUCAGGUGUGGACCCGCAUGCAGAGUGCUGUGACGUGCGGUGGGACUUGAAAGUGGACAACCGUUCCCGGGGGACCCUGAAAAGAACUCACCCGCCAUGCCAGCACCGUACCUCCCUCAGCUCGUCGGCAGCCUGCAGACUGUGUAACAGCCGGCUCAAACUCUGCCUGCUGGUCCUCGUCCUCCUACACACUGUUGCCAGCCUCACUGCAUCCCACAAUGCAACAGGACUGGGCCUCCCCGCCAUCACGCCUCUGGAGGAGAGCCCUGCCAACGAGGAGUGAUAGAGCUGCCAGGAGGUGGUGAGGUUGUUGGGGUGGGGGAUUCCCUCACCAUGGCAACCGAUGUGGAAAAAUACAGCCACAGUUGUGUGAACGGCUGGAGCUGUUUUGCCUGUGGACAUUCUGCAACGCAUUCUAGCAAAUGGGAAAUGUGGGACGCUUUGAGACGAAAGACACACCAAUCAAUCAAAACAAAUAAAUAAGUAAACAAACAGACAUACUAAGGGACUCGACCAGUCCCUUAGACAGAAAGGGGACAAUGCCACAGCCUUUGUUGAGUGGGAAGGUCGGCUUCCUCACGGCUGAGUUUCUCUCACUACGCUUUUUUACACUGUGUUCCAAUUAUUGGUUUCUGUUGCACUGGCUGACUAUGGAAUAACACAAUCAUAUUCUCUUUCUAAUGUUCAUCCUUUGUGUUUGUUUCUGGGUCUCUCAUACAGGAAGAAAAUGUGUUCUCUAAAUAAGACGGAUAAUGUGUAAAAAAAAAAAAAAAAAAAAAAAUUAUAAUUAGCUGCAAGUCUACGAGCGCGUGACGGUUUGUGUUUCUAGAUUUAAUGUGUGUGUGUGUGGGUGAAAGAGAGAGCGCAUGCGUGGGCGUGUGAGUGCGUGUCGUUCAUGUGUGAAAGAGGAUGAAUGUCUGUCGCUGACAUGUACCCUAAAAGUCUACCUAACAGGCUGGUGCAGCAUUAAGGUUUUUAUGAGCCCACCCCCCUGCGACUCCUCAGAUGUCACUAAGCUCUGCCGCGCUGGUUUGUUGGCCACAAUCCCCGUUAAAACUUCAGAGUUAUGAAUGUGGUUAUGAUGUCCAGAAGCAGCACUGUGUUAACACAGGUUUGUGGUUUUCCCUCACUUUGUUUUGUGAGAUAAUAUUCACCUCCUAACACUGAUUCCAAGGUUGGAAAUGGUGAAAAGCUAAAACCUGACUGAACCUGGCUGAACUUGAUUCUAUUACCACUUGGGUCUUCUUUUGAUAGUUUUGACCAUGACUCAUAUCACAGCACUGUACUCACCAUGUUUACUGUUGGUUGACAAAAUGAAGUCUGACUGGGGAAGAGACACGAGAAACCCGGUUCGUUAAACUUAGUGCUGAGUGCGCAUACACAGUUUUCCUGCAACAUACAGGUUACACACACACUUUCACUCUUUUACACCAAAUAUAAUGAUUUCAAUAAGCUGGAUAAACUUUUUUUUGGACUUGAUGUUGACUUGUUGCCAGAUCUCAGCAGCAAUGUUGUCAUAACUUAUAGAACCGAUGGCCACAACUACGAAAGUAAAGACCCAAGCUGUAAUCAACAUGACAUGACAUGAGUCAUAUGAAUAAAAUCUGAAAGUUAUUUAACACAUAACAAAUGGUUAUGGUUUGAAUUAACGAAAGACGAGACAGAAGCUUGUGAUUGGAUGCCAAAGAACCUGCAGAAAACUUUAUUAAACAUCCUGAAAUGGGCAAAAUUAGGAAGUAAUCUUUACGCUGGUGUUGGUAAAUCAUCGAUUCAUUACUUUUUAAUAAUCCUAGUUUAAAAAAUGAUACCUGGAAUCAUUUUUAACUAUUAAAUGCAGGGUAAUAACAUGACUAUUUUAAAGAGCGAGCCACUUGUUAGUGACUUUUUUUAAAAUAAGUGCACGCGAUGCUUCAGAAGCACACACACAAUCAUUUUAUCUCACAGAACAAAACAUGAAACUGUGUUAAGCUGAAGUCUUAACCAAAGAUGUGUGAUGUCAGACAUUUUACCAAAACCCCUGUUCAGAUUCUGGUCACACCGCCCGGCAAAGUUAACUGACAUCAGGAUUUUUAGCAAAUGGAUGCUUUCAUUCACUGUUGCUCGUGAUGAAGAAGCGUUUGUUAUUUUAGAUUUUAAAGGUACUAUCCAGUCAAAUCAAUGCGUGAAGCGACGGUUACUGACGGGGUUCUUUUCCUCCUCCCUGCUGGUAACAUUCAUUUAU